ACAUGGUAACAAACAUUUCAAUACUAUAAAAUAUUGAUUUUAUUUACUUAAUCGUACAAGUGCGAUCGGGUUACGCCAUAAGUAUGACGUUAGAAAGAUAAGAUCUCGUAACAAAAAACCUCUCAGACAGUUUUGUGAUUGCUUGAAUCACUAAUAUUUGAACCCGAAUCAAAGAUGGUCUUCCACAAUGAGAAAAAAAUUACAAUUUAACUUUUUUCUUCGAUAAAGGCGAUAACGAUCCUAAACAUAUACAAUUUUGGUUUCGUCGGUUCCGUUUCCGUAAUUUUGAUGUGAACGCUCUGAAAGGUCAAUUGUCGAAAAUAUCGAUCAAAUAAUCUGAGCACUCUUCUGAUUGCCCGUUCGGAGCCAUAUUUAAUAAUGCUGGAUACAACAAGGAGCUCGAUGUAUGGUGAACGCUAAACAAACCUAAUUGACCAAAUUUCCAUCUGCGAAUCGCUGCUGAAUCGCAACAAAACCAUUGAACCAUUACUGAAGUUGAUAGUUACUGAUGAUAAAAAGGGGGUGACUUACCACAAAGGAAGGCGAAAAGGAUUGUAGUUGCAUCGCGGUGAGCCAGUGAAAAGUAUGUAUGUUACUAUGUAUUUUGUUAGAUUGGCAGGAAAUCAUUUACUAUAAGCUGUUCCCCUAAGGCAAAACUCUUAGUUUGAGAAUGUACUAUCAAGAAUUGGAGCGUCAAAAAGAAGAGAAGCGUGGCCAAAAGAAGAGAAAUUGUGUUCCAUCAAGACAACACCAGGCUACACACAUUGAUAGUGACUUGCCAGAAGCUCCGGAAGCUAGUUUAAGAUGUUCCUUUGCAUCCACUUUAUAUACUGUAAUUGACACCUAGUGAUUACUACCUCUUCCUGUCUAAGGCGUAUGAUUUUUCUAGUGAAAAAUUCGGCACAAGAGGCCCUUAUGAAAAUCCACUGCCCCAGUUUGUUUUGCCUAUAGGGACAAAGGUUUCUCUAAAAGUGGCAUUUCGAAAUUAUUACCAUCACAUCAAAUGGAUUUAUUUACGUAAAUUUAAUGGUUUUUAAUUAAUAAUCACUAAUUCAUUUAAAAUGCUCUUUUUCUUCAAAUAUAUACAAAAACCACAAACGUAAUAACCACAAAAUUGCCACAUAAUUAAUGUGCAUUAUACUCCAAGAAAGUAUAUAAAGGACCACUUCGUCAGCAUAUGCGUUUAACGAUUUUAUACUAGUUGCUGUAAAAACAUAACAUAUAUAGUCUACAAUACUAAAUGAUAAAAUGGAUUUUGUUCAAUUUUUUUGGUUCCCAAAUGCUUUAUAUCGUAUAGUGGGUUAUGAUUUUCAACAAUUGCCACGAGCACAUUGGCGACAGGCGAUUAUGAAAACGUUUCUCAUAUUCACGACAAUAAGUGGUAUAUGCACGCGCAUCUAUAUGCUAUUUCAAUUGCGUGAACUGAUUUUAAGUGGUGACAUUUUGAAUAGCUUUCGUUUGGGUGUAUAUAUAUCUUAUGCUAUUGAUUCAAAUGUUAAAUUUUUUGUGUUUCUUCUGAAUGCAAAACGUCUUCGUGUAAUUUACGAAUCUUUGUCUAAUGAGUACCCAAUGACGUCUAUGGAACAAAAAUUAUAUCAAGUGGAUAGAUAUAGUUUCAAACGUGCACAUCUAAUGAUUGUUUCUUAUCUAUCGGUAACUAAUUCGAUACUUCUUGGACCUAUGCUCCAGUCAAUUUUCGCGUACAUAAUUGAUUUAUUUCAUUACGGUUAUGCUGCAGCAGCAUUUUCAUAUUUGCAUCCAACACCAAUGUCAUAUACCUUUAACUAUUGUACGCCGCAUUAUUACAUUCUCAUCUAUAUUUCGGAAUACUUAAACGGACAUUUUUGUACAACAACAAAUUUGGGAACGGAUUUAUACGUGUGUACUUUUGCGGGACAAUUUUGUAUGCAACUGGAAUAUUUGGGAAACUCACUGGAAUCUUAUGAACCAAGGAUGGGUAACUCAAAGGCAGAUUGUGAGUUUUUGAUGGAAUGGAUAAGAAAGCAUCAGUUAAUGUUGGAUCUCUGUAGCGAACUGAAUCAAGUUUUCGGAACAACUCUGUUAUUUAAAUUGAUAUCCAAUUGUGCCGUAUUUUGCAUAAUUGUUGUUCAACUGAAGUUGGAGGGUUUUGGUUUCGGAUUUUUAAAUUUUCUCAGCUUCUUUUUCGUUACUGUUGCUCAAUUCUUUAUGGUAUGCCAAUAUGGACAGAAGCUAAUUACCAUUAGUGAAAAUUUAGCAUUAUGCGCAUACAAAAACCGUUGGUAUAAUGGGUCGCAAACAUACAAAACUUUAUUAUUUAAUAUAAUUGCGCGUGCGCAGAAACCAGCCAGGCUGACCGCGAAGGGAUUUCAACCUAUAUCGCUGGUGACCUUUCAAAUUGUAAUGACGAUGACCUAUCGCGUAUUCGCGGUGCUGCAACGUGCUUUAGACUAGUAUAACUAGUAUAUUAUUAAUUAUGCAAAAUAUUUCGAUAAACCGUCCUGUACACAAUAUAUAGUAUACAAAGAUAAAUAAAGCCUCUACCUAUCUUCUCUGAUUCUUUCAUAACAAAAAUUAUAGUGUUAAGUUUGGCUUAAAACGAGCAACUUGUAUAUCGGCACCUAAUAUGUAAAUCAAGGUAUCAUCAAAUAAUUCGAAAUUGAGUUUUUUAUUAAAUAUAACACUUUUAUUAGCUUCACCAGUACGUUUGUAUGCAUGUGUGUUUGUAUGGAUGUAUGUACCAUAUGUUGAAGCAGAUAUUCCACUUCGAUGACAAUGCAAUCACCAACUCGUAAACUGUGUCAUCUUGAAUGAUCAACAUAGGACGUCAACAGCUAGCCUAGGGCCUAUAAACUCAACCAGGCUGUCUCAAAAUGAUUCGAAUAGAGUCCAUCUCCCCCUAAUAUUCAAAACGUUUAAAUUUGACUUCAACGGACUUAAUUAACACUCAGAUAUUCUUUCUUGUUCAGGUUAUAACCUUCUACGUAGCACUCCUGAGCGCGAUAAUGGUGGUGUUAUAGUGUUCAUAGUGCGCAACAUCGUUCCUAUCGUCCUAUCAACUUAAUGAGUUUCGCCGCAGAGAUCCUUCAGUAUAUGUUGAAUCUUACAUAUGCAACUAUAACGUAGGAAUAUUAAAACAAAUAUAUAUUAUAUAUAAUAUAGUAAACCAGAAUAACAAAAAUUGGCAGAAAAAGUACUGAACCGAUUUUUCUAAUUUUAACACCAAGCCGCAUUAUUUUCAUGAAAAGUUGCGUAUUUCAUUUCUGACAUUUUUCGUUAGUUAUUUACCACACUUUUAGAAGUUUUAAACAUAACCGUUGAAUGUAGUUCGUAAUCCUGUUUCACGAGCGGACGGGCAGACAUUUGCAAAUCGAUUCAUCGAUAGAUCAUAUUUAACAAUGCCUAUAUAUUUUUUUUUUCGAUGUUGCAAACAACUUGGCAGCAUGCUGCGUUAGUGUUAUAUAAUACAAUUACAGCAACUAUAACAACAAAACACACGGUCUACCAUCCGUUAUUACUGGCAGAAGAGUUGGCACCUUCAGUUCAUAUUUUUAAUACUUGUUGAACGGCGUUUCAGUGUCACUUUAAUAGCGCAUACAUUGUUGUCGAAAGCAAUUGCAUUUUGUUAGAUCACAUACCCAUACACAUGAAUAAAGGUGCCCUUAUUUAGGGUUCACUGCAAGACGCUUUAAAGCGCUGUCUUGCAUGGGCAGUAUUUUCUUUGUUGAUUGCCAUGUAGUUUCAUGGUCUACGUUCAAUAUCGUGCCGUCAAUAUCGUUUCAUCUAUGUUGUUUCUAUUCCACAAAUUUCAAUUUCUACGUAACCAGCAGGUAUCGUACCCGGCAGAUGUAUACCCCUACAUAAGUCAAGCUGACAUUACUACAGAAAUCCCUUAUUGCAUUUGUUGUGUCUCCUACAAUCGGUCUUGACAGUAGCGUAUACUUGCUGCAUUGUUUAUAUAUGGGUGAACAAUCGUCGAAUUUAGAUUGCUGGUUAUUACCAACCUUACCAGCCUUAAAGGCAACACCAGUACAAAUUGCUACAGCAAUUUUUGAUAUUAUUGCUUUCGAUUUUUCGCGCUCUUUCGCGCCGUCGUAGUUUUGUAGACCAUCUAGAUUCGUGUCGCAGUCGUUUGGUAACUGUUAAUUGUGUGCCUCAAGCGAUACGUUCGUGUUACUAAUUUGAUUAUAAUUUUGUAUAAGUAUUGAAUUACAUAUUUCGGUAAUGUGCUUUUAUUAAAUUAACGCGUGUAGAGUGUCGAAAGAACGUAUAGGACUCAGUACAGUUAAGAAAAGCUACUAGAUAGACGUACAAUUACUGCUACACUACUAUAUCGUGAACUUUUAAACAUUACAUAUUCGAAACAAUAGUUUUAUAUUUCAUAUUUCUAUGUAAGCAGCAAACUGUGUUGGCGCGAAUUUUCUGAAGUGCGCGAGCUGUUAAUCAUUUUAAUAGGUGAGGUGGUAUGUGGAUGAAUUUCAGCCGUCAUGGAUCCCAGUGCUCUACAAAACAUGGAUCGGGACGCAUUAAAGAAGCAAAUUGAAAACAUGAAGUAUCAAGCUUCGAUGGAACGAUGGCCGUUAUCUAAAAGUAUUGCAGAAAUGCGAUCUUUCAUAGAGGAAAAUGAGAAAAAUGAUCCUCUAAUUAAUGCCCCGGAUAAGAAGAACAAUCCUUGGGCUGAAAAAGGAAAAUGCGUUCUUAUGUAAUAUUAUCGUAAACCGCAACAGUACGAUACCAACAUUCACAAGUAUCCCAUUUAUUACUACAAUCACCACAAUAACACCACUAGUCAAAAAAAUGUUAUCAAUAAUAAGAAUUAUAAAACAAGAAAUGACAAGAAAAUAAAGCAACCAUUAAGAAUACAACCACAAAAUGCAAUUAUUGACUACAAUAGCAACAAAAUAAACCUGCUAAAUUCAGAUAGUCUUGACAAAAUAAAUUGUUUUAAAGAAAAAACUGAUUAUAAUAAUUCCUUACACCCAGAAAAUAUUCAAAAGCACGAAAGUCAGUUAAAAUCAAAGGAGGACGUAGGUGGAGUUGAAAGAGAAAGAAUAACAGAAGACUAUAGCGAAACAGAAGAAGAUGAAAUCGAUGAGUUCUUUCUAAAUGAGGAAACUGCUACAGUAUGCCAUGGUAAUAAUUAUUACAAUGAUAACAACAAUUAUUACUAUCAUAAUUAUAACUUAAAUUACAAUCAACAUCUACACGAGCAUUCGCAUUCCAAAACUCAAAAAUUGAUUCACCAGUUAAAACGACGUACCCUACGAGAAAUUGUACAACGUCCAACUCUUAUACAAAUUGUCGCUUUAUUUAUGUGGUUCCACGGUAAAUUUUGGGAAUUCUACUAUGAAACACUGGCUCGAAGAUUACAGUUUUUAGGUUAACAAUUCAACGAUUUUCUGGAAAAUUAGCUAUGGAUAAACACCUUUCUUCAACGUAGUUGGUAGGGGUUUCCCAUUGCUGGAUUUGUGAACACAACUGAUUCUAACUAAUUUUAAAUAUUCUUAGCUCGUUAACUGAUUUUAGCGGCUAAUAGAACAUUAUGUAUUCAGUUUAAAUAUGUGGAUACAAUAUAUUCAACAAUAUAAAAACAUACAUUAAAUUUUUCGCUCAAUAGAAAAUACAUGAAUUGUACUAGUUACAAAAUAACCAAUCUAAUACUAAUACUGAAAUGAAAUCUAACAAAUUAUCAUAGCCAUUAAAAUUCAAUAAUUAACUUUAGUUUCAUGUUUUUAAUUUCCAUUCUAUGUAUAUGAAGCCACUAAGUCUUCAAAAUUUUAUUAUUUUGUAUUACCUUCACUUGCUAUUUAUUUUUUUAAAUCAUCGCAAACCUCAAAUUUCCCAAUAUAAGAGCAAUUCUCAAUUCUCCUAAGUACAUAAAAUAUAAAAUCAUAUAAAAACAAACCUUCAAAAAUUCAAAAUAAUUGAAAUAAUUAUUCUAGAAGUCCUAAUAGGUGUACUAUUACAUGUAGUUCUUGAAGGAGUAUAAUAUUACGAAUACUAAAUAAUAAAAGUCUAAGACUAGUAUUAAAAAUCUGAUAACGGAAAAAUACAAAAGAUACAACCUUUAUCCCACCCUAUUUUUGAGUAAAGCAUAAUAAAUACAAUGUUAUAAGCGGAAAUGGUGUAAUUAAAAAUUUUUAAUUUAUUUUCAACAAUGCAGCCUUACAAAUGAAAUUACUCGAAUAAAUAUCACUUUGCUGCAUUCUAAUUUCACGCGAUCAAAUCACAUUCACCGUUACCAAAAGCAAAUAAUACGUGUUCAUUUCUAUUACCUACCUUAGUUAAACUUAUUAUCGGGUAAAUAUAGCACAUUCGUCAAAAUAUUUAUGAAGCCAAUGCUGCGAAUUUUGAUAUUCAGAACUUUUUAUAAAAUUAAAACUUCGACAUAUAUAUACAUAUAUUUAACAUUGCUAGACCAAGGGAGAUUAUUCACUAUGCUUUAUUCAACAUGCAUUAUGUGCCUAUCAGUAAAUAAAAAUUAAAAAUUAAAUCAUAGGUUCGAUAAUGAAUAUAUGAAAUGCUAUUGGAAAAUUGUGAAAAUACCUUUAUUACAACUAUUACCUCUUUUCUUACUAGCUAUUUAGACUUAAUUUAUAAACAAAAAGUCAGUUAUGCUAUUUUAUAUGUAUUCAGUUCUUGCAAUACUGAAGACAUCCAAGAUUAAGUAGUAUGGCCAAAAUGAAAGGUAACAAAUACAGUUUAUAAAAACUUACCAAAAAAACUUAGUAGCUCGUUAAAAAAUUACAUUACAAAAAAACAGUGAACUAGUUUCAAUAUACAUAUAAUAGCUCAAAAUUUCAGUAUAUAUUAUGGAUCACUUGUGAGAUGAUUUAAUUUAAUUGUUACAUACAUACGUACAUAUAACACUUCUUAUCACUAUGUUACAUCAAAUCGAAGACAAUUUCAAAUAAGUUCGAACAGUAUGUAUGUACUUUUAACAUUCUAAUGAAAAGGCGAAAUAAGAUAUUAAUAAUACAAGAGUCGAAGGCAAAUUAACAACAUUAUUUAUAUUUAAUUAUAGCUCAAUAUAAUUUACAACAGUAUUCGAAUGCAAUUCGAUAGCUUCAGUCAUGUAAUUCAAAAUCAGAUUAUGAAAGGUUUUUGUGUUAAAAAUUAGAAAGAACAUAAAUUAAAAGCAAAUUGAAUAAACAUCAAAAGAUGAUCUACUAAGGAUAUUCCAAAAUGUUCAUCUUCUACUUCAUCGAAAACGAGUCAACAAAAUAAAACUUACAUAUAAAAUAUUAAAAAAAAAUAUGGCCAAAACGUAAGUAAUUAUAUACAAAAAUAUAUACACAAACAUAUAAUAUAUAGAGAAUAUAAAGAAGUUGUCCUUCUGGUAUAUGUGCACACUAAAAAUAUUCAGUAAUUUUAAGAGUUAUCAAAUUGUCUCACAAAACUUAUUAGUUUACUUUCGUAAACAAAAUAUUAAAGUUACUCAAUGGAAUAACACCAAAUAGAAAUUUUAUGAGUACUUAAAGUUAAAAGAGCCAUAGCCAAUGUACCGAAACAACACGCAGUAUCAAUAAAAGUGAAAUAAACAAAGCAACUUUGCAAAUUAUAAUAUUUAAAUUUUCUUACAUAAUACAUACUUAUGUUGCAUAAUCAGCAAAUAGUAGAUAUUUUCAGAUUUUACCAGGAUCUCAUGAAUUAAUUUGUUAUUAAAAUAAAAUUUACUCGAGAACUUUAAGCCAAAGUAAGGAAGUAAGUGUGUUAAAAAUAAGUUGGUUAAAAAGUAUAAAUAACUGAAUUUGGCCGGCAAAAAUAAAAAGAAAACAAACAAAUACAACUGCAAUUAAAAAAAAACCAGCCAUUCUUACAUAAAAAGUAGUUGACAAACAUAUGUCAAAUUAGUGAUGAGUACAACAAACAAAAUACACAUUCUUAACAAAAACACGAAGGAAGAGUCGUCAUAAUUUUAAGUCAACAAAGCAACAAAAUCACGAAAUAAUAAGUAAAAGUAGGUUUACUAAUAUAUUAAGACAUGUUACAUAAAAAGUAGUGAAAGCAUAUAACAACUUUUAAUAUUUGAUCUUGAAUAUAAUAAUAAAAAUAAUAUAUGUGUGUUAACAAAUGUAAUCAUUCCAAAAAAAAAAAAUACAGUUUUAAUAAUAAUGUGUGAUGAAAAAAUAGUAAUAUUUUAAAAAAUAAAUCAGAAUCGGAGUUUCUCUGACAUUCAUUUGAAUGACUAUCUGAUAAUGCAUGUUAAUUGAAGCUGAAAAAUACUGUUAAGAUAACAUUUAAUAGCAUGAGAAAUCAAAACAACAAUCGAUGUAAAAGUAAAUAUUAAGAGACACUACGGAAAAGUGUAAGAUGUAAAAGAGAACUGUUUUAAUUCAUAUUAAAAAGGUGUUAUUUGAUUUUCUGAAACCGUUAGUUUCUGUGAUUGGAGAAAUCAAUAACCAAUAAGUUUUAAGUUACAUCAAUUUAAAAUGUAUUAAAGUUAUUACAAAAAUAUUUCGGACAAAGUAGAGAAAAUAUAGUAUAUAUUUAAAUUGGUUAAGAUAACAAGAUAAGUAUAUAAUUGUCACACAUAUAUCUGCAUAAUACUAUCUACGUACACAAAAUCUAUAUUCUUGAAUAACACAAUUAUGUUGAACAAUACAUAACUUUCCGGAAUUUUGGGAAAUUUGUACUAAAACCUACGUAAAAACUCAGUACCGAAAAAUAUAUGUUUAUAUGAUAAGAAGGUCAACAAGGCUCAUUUAAAUAUAUAAAGUAAUGGUUUAUAGUUAGUUGAAAUUCAAGUAUUCAGCAAGGAGAUAAAGUAAAUUGAAGGCUACGCAGCUGAGAAAAAUAUUUAUGAAAUAUCGAAAAUAUGGAUACAAAGUGAAAAAUAUUUGAUUGCUGUCAAAAGAUUGAUGUACAGAUGUACAGACUGUGAAAACAAAGAGGCAGUGAGAACGAGCGACAGAUUUUGCAAAUAAACUGCCAAAAUAUCACCACAAACUAACAGCCAAGUUUUUAAAAGGGAUGGAUUUAAUGGAGAGUAACACAAGUCUUCUGCAAUAACUCAUUUUACAAUAUUCGAACACACAAUUAGCAGUUACGUUGAAAGUAGUAUCGCAUCUUUUGAUAUUAAUCGAUUGGAGAUAUGAUAACAAAAAAGCUUUGACAAUUAAUCUAUGCAAAUAUGCAUUUAAUUCGACAAAAGAACAAAGAAAAUAACUAAUCUACUUUUAAUUGAAAAAAUUUCAUAUACAUAUGCCAUUUCUGUAUACCCAUAUUGUUGUCAGAUCACAUCAAAUGAAUUUCUGUUUUCAUAAACAAUCAAGGCCGUAAUAAGUUUGCUGAAAGCUCUUAUGAAACCUUAGAAAAUAACCGUAGUAAUGUUGUCAUUUGUGCAGUUGUGCGACAAUUAUUAUGCGCGAUAUAUCACUGAGACAGGGUUUGAAACGUGUAUCAAUGAGGAGUCAGAACACUCACGAAUAGUCACAGCAUGAAUGUGUGAAAUCUGUGGUGAUGAUUUUGAGCGUGUAGGUGAGCAAGUAAGCGCUAGGGUGAUUGAAUUUACAUCAUCACAUUUCUGAGCAACCUAUAUACUUGAAAUGAUUUAGUAUAAGUAAUAACAAUACAUACGUAUACCGCAAAAAUAAGUAUAUUAGAAAAUAUAAACUUUAUUCAGCGUCCCCAAUUAAUAUUAAGAUAGUUUUUGGAGUUCAUAUGAAGCGUAUAGUAUUUCAUAAUUGUAUUAAUAUAGGGCAAAAAUCACUUCUACCUGCAAUCGAAAACAUUUGUAGGUUUACUUUUUAUUGGCACGAUUUUUUGCUCACAAACUCUUUUCAAAAUAAUCACUCAAAUUCGUUUUGAACUGAUUUUCAAAAUAUUAGAGUAUAGUAUUUGUCAAAGCAUCAUCUUCGAAAGUUUAAUGUUAAUUCUACUGAGAAAUAUAAACCAGUUUAUAAAGGUUACAAAUAUUAAAAUAGAAAAUAUACUCUUAUGAAUCUGAAAGCUUAAUCGUGUUAUGAUAGCAAGAUAAAUGGUAUAAAAUGUUCUAUGAACUGUUACAUUUCAUCAGAUAUACUUGUAUUUGAGGUAAAUACGUACACAUGCCAGUAAAAUUGGGGCGUGUACAUACAUAUGUCAUGAAUUCUGAAUAAUAAUGGAAAAGUUCUUUUGAAGGCACUAUAACCACGAAAUCAAAUAUUAAUGAAGGGAAAAUAGAAAUGUUAAACAUUAUAAAAUGAAUUAGAUGGCAAAGUCAAAUUUAAUGAGGUUAAACUACUGAGAUCUCUAAUAUUUAGAUAUUUAGUGACGUAAGUUAAUGUUGGACUCUCAAAUUAUAAUAAACGAUAUUAUUAACAAAAUAAUUAGCAAAAAUUAUCAAUUACAAUGCAUAACUAUUAAAAUAAUAGAAUUUAAAUACCUUUUCAAAAUAUUACAUUCUAACAAUGUUACCAAAAGUAUAGAUUUAUGAUUACAUGUAAACUCUAAGCGACUUGCAUGUUAAAUUGCUAUAUUAUGCAUUUUGUAUACAUAUUGAAUGCAUAAUAGUAGCUGCUUGAGCUUAAGAUUAAUUAUAAUUAAGAAAUUGAUUGAUAUUGAAAGUUGCCCAAAUUUACCAAAAUAAACUCUAAAGAGUUUCUUGCGGUCAACAACAUCUAGACUGCGAAUCAAAAAGAAAAAAAUAUUUGUUUCAUUUAAAAUUUAGUUAUAUGUAUUAUAUUUAGAAUGACUAAUUGUACUUAAACGAGAUAUACAGAAAUACAAAGUUAGUGAUGGUAUUUUAAAAAACAAAACAAACAAAAUGAAAAACAGCAUUCGUAAAAACCUAUAAAAAGAAACAACAAUUUAAAUUCAAAUACAUAUAGUAAUACACAAUUAUUAAAAUUAAACCCUAUUUAUUUGUAUUAUAUACCAGUACACCUAUAUUAUUAUGGGAUAUUAUACCAGAUAAUAACCCUGUAUUCAGUAGCAUGCCAAAAUUUUAAACCACUCUUAGAAAAUAUACUUGAAUCGGCAAGAACUUUGAAUAUACAAUAUAAAAGAAACUACAAUUUUAGCCACUUUAAAAAGAAAAAGACAAACGAAUUCCAAACUAGAAACAUUCUGUAACUCAUAAUGAGUAGUGACUAAAAUCACCAAUAAAAUGAAAAAGUAUUUCAAGUAAAAAUCGAAACAUCUUAGUGAAAAAGCACCUUCUAAGAAAUUAAAAAAAAAAAUCAAAAAUUA